GAGUUAUGGUCGGUGUAGAGUUUAUCGUCACCCUGGAUAUUGUAUAUUAGGUUGUCUGACCUGUCCAGGGACUAAAUAAUACAUUCUGGACUCUCCUAACGGUCUAACUUAGGGACCGUGGACCAUGAGACGUGGAGAAGGGCCAAAGGUGGAAUUACGGUUUCUAAUAUCAACGAAAGCAGCAGGUGUUAUAAUAGGGAAAGGGGGUGAAAAUAUUAAAAAAAUCCGCGAGGAGUAUUCCGUUAAAGUUACCAUUCCCGAUAGCAACGGCCCUGAGAGGGUCCUUGUCUUGGAUGGCGACCUUGGAUCAAUCGUUGAAAUAUUCAGAGAGAAUCUUGAAAAGAUGCAAAGUAAUCGUGAAGAUGCGGUUGACUUGCGCUUACUUGUGCAUCAAAGUCAGGCAGGAUGUGUUAUUGGGAGAGGUGGAUAUAAAAUAAAAGAACUGCGUGAGCAAUCGGGUCUUCAUACACUCAAAGUCUAUCAGAUGCUGUGUCCUUGUUCAACCGACAGAGUGAUACAACUUGUUGGUGACGUUGGGAAAGUUAUUGAAUGCUUACGAUCCAUAGCUGAACUCCUUGAGGGAGCUCCGCCUAAAGGCUCUCGACAGAAUUAUGAUGCUCGGAAUGUAGAUGAAUCAAUGUCUCUUGAGUAUGGAGGUUGGGGUUUAGGUAAUCAUGGAUCCGGUCUGAAUCUUGUUCGUAAUAGAAAUAAUGUCGCGAACACAAACUAUGCUCAGAAAGAAACAGACGUAUUUGAACCUAUUACCUGUUUGUUCAGUAAUUUUAUCCGUAACUGGAAACAUAUGGGUUUGGAAAAUGUCGGUCAUCAGUUUGCUACAUGUUCAGCUCAUCAAAUAAGCAUGUGAACUUUCGGUCGAUGAGUAAAUAUCUUUCACUGUAUUUAUACGGCUUUAUUUAGUUAACUUUAUAUUUCAAAAUAUAUAAGUAUUCACAUUGUACCUUUUAAAUAGAAUAAUAUACUCGCAACUGGAAUUUUUGGUGGUGGUGCUUCUGGAGCUACGGUGACAGGACGUGGAGGUACUCAGUCAGCAUCCGUGAAUCAGGCAUUAGCUGGAGGUCUCCCUCAUGCAUCUGCAGCAGCCAUGCUUGCUGCGACCGGUGGUCAGACAGCAGGUGGACCAAACGCUGGACCUGCAGGAGAUGCCGCCGCAACAGCGGCAGCAAUGGUGGCUGCAGGAUUUAUGAGAGGGUAUGUAUUUCAUGUGCAGAUGUAUAAUGCAUUUUCACUGUCUGUUUGUAUCUACAUAAGAUAAUUUAAAUUCCUUUCGGCAGCUCAAAAUCCCAAGUUGAAAUUAUUCAUUUAAAUAAAGUUUAAUAAUAUGUAGGUACCAGAUGAGCUGUAAUAAAUAGUAAAAAUAGUAAUAGACGAGGAAUAAAUUAGAGACAACGGCUAAACAUAAACUGGAUAAAGCGUUCUUUACAUCACAUUACCAUAACAGUUCGAAAAAGCAAAUUGCAAGUAUGUCAUUCACUUUAAAUGCAACUCAUCUGAUGAUGACUUAAGUCAUCUUACACAAGUCAUCAUAAAUCAAUGUGUGUAGACACAAAGCAUAUAUAUACUUCAUCUGGCCAGGAUUUCCACUAUUACGAAGAGCAUUAAUGUAAAUUCCAAGGUUUGAAGGCUAGUAGAAUUCUAUUCAUGGCACCCCAGUAAGCGGCAUAACCAAAUAUCAAAAAAGAUACCUCCACCUAAUCAACGAAAACUCAUCGUCUUCAAACAGACCCAUUACAAAUUCAAACCAAACCACACCCUUCAGACAUCAACUGAGCAACACCACCCUCCACAUACACAACCAAACACAAAAUUAAAAAGAUCCUCCAAAAGCCAAAAAUACCCCACACAUGAAACCCACCCAAAAAAACAUAAACACAUCCUAAUCAUUGAAUCAUCGUUCGAGCAGUGAAGUCAACAAGCGAGAGCAUUCAAAAAAUGCGUCAGUUGCACAGUUAACUCUUACCUCAGUAAACAUUUCUGCAUACAUUGGUGGCCAUGUUUACCGUAAAUAUAUAUGUAUAUAUAUAUAUAUAUAUAUAU